GUCAUAACCACAUAGAGUAUCGUUGAUAGAAAUGUUAAGUACAAGUGUAUGUUUAGUAUUUUUAGGAGUUGUGAUUAUUCAUAUAGGUCUCUUUGAUGUGACAUGUAGUGUUGUAUUAUCAGCAUCUCCUGCUAUAGCGAUUGACGGAGAAUCCGUUACAUUAACAUGUACAUAUAGUGGCAGUGAAGGUGUGACUGGGUUUGCAUGGUUUUUAAAUGGUAAAACAGUUGCUGUUUUUGUGUUACCAGAAUGUAGACCGUUUGCCAGACCUGGUCCCCCUGAUCCAUUAUUUUUUGAAUAUGCCUGCCUAUCAAACAACCAAUCGUCAUUUACAGUGAAACGUAUUUCACUAAAACAGAAUGGUGAAAGAUGGCAAUGUGCAGCUGCUGCUCCUGGAUAUUUAUACAGUUCUAAUGUGACUAUAACUGUCGAAGUGGCUGUUACCAAUGUAAGUCUACAGUCACCAAGCGGCUCAAUUACAGAACAUAUUAAAACAACGUUUUCCUGCAAGACCUCACUAUCAAAGCCUGCAGCAAAUAUGAUCUGGUACAAGGAGUCUGGUAGCGGUCAAAGACAGAUGAUAACAAAUGAAAUAGUUUCUGCAACAAUGAAUGUAGGUGAUCUUCAGAUGUCAACAAGUAUAUUAAAAUAUAGCCCAACUAGGAGUGACAAUGGAUAUGAAAUCUUUUGCACAGCUAUUAAUAUUGAUGGAAGAACACCAAUUACCUCAGCCAAGUUUAAAAUGCUUGUUCAAUGUAAGUCAUGUGUCAGUUAA